UGUCCCUUCUUCAGGAAACACCCACAAUCUUGUCCCAAUCCUUUUCAAUAUAAUACCCCAUUACCAAUCACUCUCUCCUCACUCCUCACUCCUCACUCCUCACUCCUCCAUUCUCAAAGAAACACUCAACCCUAACCCCCAUUCCUUCAAACUCCAGAGAACAGUUCCCUUCUGAUCUUCUCUCUUCUGAAAUUAUUAACAUACAUAUAUAUAAGAUCCAUCACUGUGAAAAGGUCCACCCCAUGCUGAUGGCUUCUUCAACAACGCACCCACAUGGCCUGAAAGCUGCAGUCAUCGCUGUGAUUCUCAUCUCUUUUCUUACCUCUCUGCUGCCUUUCAAAUCAGCUGGGUCAGAAGUCUCAAGUUACAGCGAGAGCCUGCAGCAGCGAAAGAAAAUGGUGUUGGGGUCAAAGCCUCCUCGGUGUGUGAACAAGUGCUUGAAUUGCAGGCCUUGCAUGGCCACUCUGGUGAUUCCUCCCCGUCAAAAGAAGGUUGUGGGAGCCUCCUCUCAUGGAGAAGACGAUAACUACUAUCUCCUUUCAUGGAAAUGCAGAUGUGGGGACAAACUCUUUCAACCUUGAUCAUCAUUCUGAUGAUAACCCCAGAGAAAUUAGUCCACUCUUCCCUCCCUCAACUCUGAUGAUAACCCUUUUUUGUUCUGAUAUUUUACUACUAUUUCAUGAAAAUUGCUGCAUGAUCUCUCUCUCUCUCUCCCUGUAUACUCUCUGUGUGUUUUUACUUUUUAUAAAUACGUACAAGCAAACAUGGGGCGUGUCAUGGUUCUUGUCUCCAUAACUUAAA